AUGAUUCACCGCCAAACCCUGGUACCAGAUUCGUCGCUGCAACCCUUCGAUACAGAGGUGGCAGUCGUGAAAGAAGAGCCUCAGACUGCGCUCACGCUACCGAAAGCAUGA